UUUCGGGGCAGUUUGUCUGAAUUUCCAAAACGGUCAGAGUAGGCAGCACACAAAAAACGGGAACCUAACACGAACAGAACAGUCAACAGAAAAGGGAAUACAGUCAACAUUCAUCUCGGGUUCUCUGCAUCUCCCAAGUGGAAUAUAUCUGAGGACCAAGGACCAACGACCAUCGACCAACGACCAUCAACUAUAAAAUGCCGGGCCGUCUCAACCAGCAGCAUGCGGCUUACGCACAACGCAUGGAACAGGAAAACAGCCGAGUGCAGGCCAUCAAGGCGGUGAACAGCUACUACGACCACUGGGGCAAGGUGACCUCCCGCUUCGAGAACUGGACCAACAAGGAGUACUACGAGAAAGCAGACCAACGGCUCCAGACUCGCCGCGAGCAAUCCGAGAAGCAGGCGGCCCUCAGUGAACGCCAGGCCCGUCUUCGCCGACUCCUGGAGUCGGAAAGCGAGUCCUUUGACGGCGAAAUGGAGCGGCGUCGCAGACCGAGGGAGCCCGGUGGUGGUGAUCUCCAGAUGCUUGGGCGGGUCAACCAGUCUCUGAAGGAGCAGGAACAGCUGCGGCGCAAGCUGGAGAUGGAGGCCAAGUUGUACGGCCGCUGGCGCCAUGGAGUGGAUGAUGAGAAGCUCCUCUACCAGUCCAAGUCGGACAACGAGGUGCUGGCCAAGCUGAACUGGCUGGACCGCCAGAUCGAGGGUCAGCAGCAGCGGGAGGAGCAACAGGCCCUGGCGGCCGAAAGGAAGUUGCAGCUCCAGAAGGAGAUCCACCGCACAGAACAGGCUCACAAGGAGCUCCAGCGGAUCCGCGAGCAGCAGAUUCGUGAACUCCGUGCUCUCCAGGAAUCCCACAUGGCGGAGUUGCGUGAGCGCCAGGCGGAGGCCGACAAACUCAAGGAGGAAGAGCACCACUUCAACCUGUUUCUCAGCGAGCUGGACAAGGAAAGACAGCUACUGGAGGAGAGCACAGCCCUGGUGAUGCAGCGUCCGGAUGCCGGACAUGCCUUCAACCUCAAGAAGAUCAAGGUGUUCAUCCGGCAGCGCAGCGAGGCCACUCGCAAACAGAUCUCCUUGUGCAUUAAUCUUCUCCAGCGCAUGUCCAAGUACGUGGUUAAGAAGGAGGAGCUCCAAGCCCUUUUGAAGAAGUACCGCACCCAGAUGGAGGACGAGGAACUGGCAUGUGUACAGAUCGAGACCAUGUACGAGUCGGAGGCCAAGUACAAUCUGCAGCGGUGCGAGGACGCGUGGCGGGAGCAGCACAUGCAGCGCUACACGGAACUGAGCGAGUUCAUCGACCAGGAAAAGUCCAGUCUGGGGGAGCUGCUCCAGGAGAACGUUAACCAGCAGCAGACGGUGGUGGAGCUGCGGAGCCAGAACCUCACCGGCAUCGAGCAGGCUAACAAACAGCUGGAGCAGCUCAACCAGGAGCCCCUGGAAGUACCCCCGCUUUCGUCCGCUAUCGAUGAGUCGGAAUCUCAGGCAGCCUUUGUUCCAGAGGAGGCUUCUAGUUGUGCGGAGGUGGAGCGCAAGGUGAGCGACUCGUUCUCCAACCUAAAUCUGGACGUGUGGCAGGACAUGCCCCCGACUCGAGGUGGACCCGACUCGCCACGCCUCAGCAAGACCCGCUCCCUGAACGUCGUCACCCCCCAGACGGCCGCUCCGCCCAAGUUCGCCCGAAAGCGAGUGGCCUGGACCUAACAUUGUCACAACUUAAUAACGUUCCAGCUUAAAUUUCAAUGGUAUUAUUAGACCUAGCUCUAGGUUAGUCUUCGUUUUAGUCAUAGUUCAACCUUCGUGCCCGUCUCACACACGCACACCUCACGCGCACGCCCCAGUCACACCCCUGUUCCACCCACACCCCACCACCAAACACCGCUCUGUGCACUUGUAGUCGAUAAGGCUGAUAGAUAGGCGCUCCCCUCGAGGUGGGGCCGGCAAUAAAUCACUCAAUUUGUGGGCCAGAAGAAAA